AUGGAUACAUAUGUUCCUGAAGAACAUAUUCUUCAAUCAGAAAACGAUGAAUAUUUAAUAAAUGAACAAGAAGAUAUUGAAUUAAUCGAUAAAUCAUCGAAAACAAUAACUACUUAUGAUGAUUUUUCAAAAUCAGAACAAAUAUCAAAACGAAAACAUUGUCAACCAUCAGAAUUACCUGAAACAAUAACAAUACUCAAAGAUGAAACAACUGACGGAACAAUUUAUCUUGUUGGAACAGCACAUUUUAGUGAAAAAAGUCAACGUGAAGUUGCAGAAAUUAUUCAAUUGACUCAACCAGAUAUUGUUAUGGUUGAACUAUGUCAAAGUCGUGUUAAUAUUCUUUCACUCGAUGAAAAUACAUUGAUGAAAGAAGCGUCAGAAAUGAAUUAUGAAAAACUUCGAACCAUAAUUAAAGCUAAUGGAGUUAUUCAUGGAAUUAUUCAUGUACUUUUAUUAAGUAUGACAGCUCAUCUAACUAAACAAUUAGGAAUGGCACCUGGUGGCGAAUUUCGAACAGCUUUUCGUGAAGCUCAAAAAGUACCUGGUUGUAAUCUUGUACUUGGUGAUCGUCCAGUUGGUAUAACAUUGAAACGAGCGAUUAAUUCUUUAUCAACAUGGAAAAAAAUUCGUCUUGUUUGGUCUCUAUUAACAUCAAAAGAUAAAAUAACAAAUGAAGAUGUUGAAAAAUGUAUGGAACAAGAUAUGCUCGAAAAAUUCUUAUUAGAAAUGAGUGACCAAUAUCCAGAAUUAUCUCGUGUAUUUGUAACUGAACGUGAUCAAUUUUUAUCAUAUUCAUUAAGAAAAUGUACGCAAAAAAUUCCGAUUGAAACAAAUCAAACUGGUUUUGUGCCUGCAACAGUUGUUGGAGUUGUUGGAAUUGGUCAUGUACAAGGAAUUAUUAAACAAUGGAAUCAACCAACUAUUAAUGAUAUUCAACAUUUAAUGAAUUUGACAAUCGACGAUAAACCAACAGGUCGCUCAUCAUUGUUACCUUAUGCUUCAUUGUCAUUGAAAAUCGCAUGUGUCGGAGCAGUUGUUGCUGGUAUUGUGCAAUAUACUCGCUAUCGACUUCGUUAA